ACACACACACACACACACACACACGCACACACACACACACACACACACACACACACUGACUACACUUACUUCACAUGCUCAAUUCAAGUUUUUGUGGAAAGUAGUAAUUGACAGAAGUGUUAGCCCUGCUGAUAAAGAAGUUUAGUCCUUCCACUCAGAAAGGGAAAGGCACUAAAGACAGAGCUCUUGAACUACUAUUGUGAUCAACCCAUCAGGAAAAGUGUCAAAAUCAUGAAUGGACCAGUGGAUGGCUUAUGUGACCACACUGUAAAUGAUGAAGGUGCUUUCAUGUUCACAUCAGAGUCUGUGGGAGAAGGGCAUCCAGGUCAAAUCCUCGGCUGAUGCAAACAGGUGUAUCUCUGUUGACUUCAAUGGAGCUAUGCCAGUUUACAGUGUUUGGUGAUCUUUCCCAAUUGUCAGUGGCUGAUGUAACAAGACCAAGAAACAAAGACACACAACUGAAGGAUAAGAUCUGUGAUCAGAUCAGUGAUGCUGUGCUAGAUGCCCAUCUUCAACAAGAUCCAGAUGCCAAGGUUGCUUGUGAGACAGUGUGUAAAACAGGGAUGGUGCUGCUCUGUGGGGAGAUCACAUCCCUCGCCGUUGUCGACUAUCAGCGAGUAGUUCGAGACACAAUUAAGCAAAUCGGCUACGAUGAUUCAGCUAAAGGCUUCGACUACAAGACUUGCAAUGUUCUGGUGGCACUGGAACAACAGUCGCCUGAUAUUGCUCAAGGUGUUCAUCUGUACAGGAAUGAAGAGGAUGUUGGUGCUGGUGACCAGGGGUUGAUGUUUGGCUAUGCAACAGAUGAGACAGAAGAAUGUAUGCCUCUCACUAUUGUCCUCGCUCACAAAUUGAACAGCAAGUUAGCAGAGCUGAGACACAGUGGUGAUCUCCCUUGGCUUAGACCCGACUCUAAGACACAGGUCACUGUUCAGUAUACCCAGAAAAAUGGAGCCGUCAUCCCAGUCCGUGUUCACACCAUUGUGAUAUCUGUGCAGCAUGAUGAAACCAUCUCGCUGGAGUACAUGCGCAAAACCCUGAGAGACUGUGUGAUUAAACCUGUCGUUCCUGCCAAAUACUUGGAUGAGAAAACAAUUUACCACCUUCAGCCCAGUGGGCGUUUUGUCAUUGGGGGGCCACAGGGUGAUGCUGGCGUUACUGGUCGAAAGAUCAUUGUGGACACUUACGGAGGAUGGGGAGCCCAUGGAGGUGGUGCCUUUUCAGGCAAAGAUUAUACAAAGGUGGACCGGUCAGCAGCAUAUGCAGCCCGCUGGGUGGCCAAGUCUUUGGUGAAAGCCGGGCUGUGUCAUCGUGUUCUGGUUCAAGUUUCUUAUGCCAUUGGAGUGGCUCAACCUCUCUCCAUUUCACUGUUCACUUAUGGAACUUCCCAGAAAACAGAGAAAGAGCUACUGGACAUUGUGCACAAGAACUUUGAUCUUCGACCUGGAGUCAUUGUCAGGGAUUUGGAUUUAAAGAAGCCAAUUUAUCAGAAGACUGCCUGUUAUGGUCACUUUGGAAGAAAUGAAUUUUCAUGGGAGGUGCCUAAGAAACUUGUGUUUCAACAAUAAUGGGUCCAUCCGCAAAGCAGAAGUGAAGAAGAUUCUACUAGUCAAUAAGAUGUUGGCAGAAAUCAGCACUGACUACUCUUUAUCCAGCUCAAGGAAUUUCAGAUUUUAAAUGGACAGGAUAUUCUCAUGGGAAUUAAUUCUUACUCUCAAUCUUAUCCUAUUUCAUUGUCAAAAACACUAAAGGCAGAGUCUUUUUAUCAUCACAAGAAGACAAAAUACAGUUUAUUUUACUGCUGCUAUGUUGGUUCCACGGACAAAGGCAAAAUCUGACUAGGACAUACAAACCAACGUUUGGGCCUUAACUCUGUUACAGUGUGAUCUUACAUUCAAAAGAAAAGGUAUCCCUCAUCAUUCUAGCUAAGGAGCAGUAGGUUUCUUCACCCUGACUGGACACUAGGAAAUCUGCAGGGGACAGUUUUCUUAUAGGAGCUGGUAUUGCAUACACCUAUGGGGAAUUUUGCUUGGAGGGGAUUCGUUAUCGUGUAACUGCAACAUAGCUGCUCCUUUAAAGGAUGUUGUUAGGUGCUUAGACCUCCUUCACUAGUUAUCUCUGCUUACCACAGUGUUCCAAUCAGCUGUGAUUUGGUGACUCAAACUUUUUCUUUUAGCUACUAUGUACUUAUAAGUGCUGCUUUUCUGUGUGUUUACAUAUUAGCACAUCAAAUUUUGGAGUCAGUGGCUCAUCGCAAUGUAUGGCACAUUAGAGCUCCAUUGACGUCCCUUGGAUUGUGCUAAUAUGAACACUGCCUAGUAGCGACAGUGCUUUUAAACACUGUAGAGCAGAGUGCUGUUAGUACCCUAUUUUAAUAGAUUUUUAAAGGCCUGGUGUCAAGGUAUCAUCCACAACUUGUGGAGUUGUUUUUCUCCCACUGGUGUUUAUAACAACAGCCCUUUGGGAGAAUGACACUGAAAUCUGUUUCUUUGUUGAAAUGUGCCGUCUGUUAUUUUUAUGCACACACUGGUUUGCUUUGGAGCAUUGCUUACUAGUGGUAGGCUCAAAGCUUUGAUUUUUGAUGUUGACCACUAUAUGGGGACAAAAUAUGCAUACAAAAAUAACCAGAACACAUUGGAAAUAAAAGGUCCUUAUGUUAAAAUUUGGAUCUACCAAAUUUGACAGCAUCUUUAACUGAAAGUCAAUGAUUGAGUAAUCCUGUAGAUGGCAGUACUACCCACCCUAGGUUUAUAUGUCUAACAUCUGUAGAAAACACUUGGCUCUAGGCAAUGUUCCAGAAUAGCUUGAGUUGUGUACAUGGUACUGCCAAAGUUAAAAGUAACCAAUUGCUUUUUACUUUUGCAGUUCUACUUACAAAUUGUAGAUGGGGGAUCUCUGUGAUCCAGGCAAUAGCUGGUUGAGGGAGAGCGUGUCGUUUGUGUACCCACAUACUGUGUUGUCUUAAAGUGUGAGUGAAAGGAAAUGGGAUUAGUCCAUUUCUGCAAAGAACUUCAGGCCAGUCUUGGUUAUAUUGGAGACAUGGGUAGGUUUUCUCAUUGACUUCAAUGAAACCGGGCUCUGGGCUUCUGUCACCAUUUCAUGUUGAUGUAGUAGGUACCAAGAGUGAAAUUAAUGCUGCUGCAGGGGUUGACUGAAAAUGCCACUCAAAGUUCACAUAAGGGUUAAGGUGGCCCUUGUAUGGAAUUUCUGCAUUGGAGAAAUUUUGCUCCAGGAGAAUGCAAUUUCUUUGCAUACUGUCUCCUGACUUGUUCUGAAAAUGGGAGCAGUUGGAAUAAUGUAAUGCCUGACUCAUUGCUGUGUGUUUAAGUUUGGUGAUCAUUAAAAUAAAGAACUAAUAGCACUGGCUAACAGUAGGUAUGAUUUAGCCAGGUAUUGUGCAAACUUCUCCCCUUUCAGUGCAUCUCAAAUUCAAUGUGCCUCCUUCCUAUUCAAGGAACAAGCCUCUCCUCUUCAGCCUCUGUGCUAGACUGUGCAAUGUGUACCAGCUAGAAUGAAAAACAAAAAAACCCACCAAAAACUAUUUGUUUCUCUGUGUGUGGCUUGGAACCCAUAUUGCCAGAAAAAAGAAAUUGGAACAUUAAUCCGUGUCCUCUAGCCACACAAAUGCUUGCCCUUUGGUAGGAAAAUAUCAAAGUGCAGCUGCACGUAAAAGAGUCAUUUGGCCCAAAAAAGGCAUUGUGGGGUUCUGUAGUCAUUCUGACUCACUGAUUUCCAGAUCAGAUUUGCACAGUUUGUAAAUUAAAUUGUUAUUGGUAACUGCUAGUCCACAAAAUUCUGCCUAGGCUCAGAGAGGCAAGCUGGUUUCUUUCAACCCCAUGCAUCAUCAUCACUAGUAAUAGAGGCCAAAUGACACCUUAGAAUACACCUGUGCUGCUCCAUUGCUUUCAUAUUACACCCUAACUGCCACCUGUGAAAACCCUUUCAGGACUAAUGGGGCUAUGUACGUAUACCUGAGGGCAUCAUUUGAACACCAUGAGCUCACACAAGUGAAUUUGAUGGCAUAAUUUGAGCUUCAGCUGCCCUAUGGCUAGGUAUGAUGCCCAGGACAAAAGGACUCAGACUGAGUGUUAGGGGCCAGGGCUGGUUAUGUUGUAACUCUGUAAAGUCCACUCCCUGUGCUGGGUUGGAACAGCCCAAGGGCUGCUUUAACUUAUGCUAUCUGCAAAUGGCCCUGAGGGUCCAAAAACAGGCUAUGGAUUGUGGUAAUAUAACCAACACACCUUCUGGGUGUGGUGUUCUGCCCCAUCUAGUGGCACUGGGACCACUUAGAGAGAGAGGGAUUCAUGAGUCUGCUCUACAGCCUUAGCUAGCAGCCAUAGAGCUUUUAGCUCAUGCGGUAGAGGCUCAUGCACUAAGCUCCAGAGGCUCAAGGUUGGCUCCUGCCCGCUGAUGACCAGGGUCUGUUGGCGUUACAGUAGCAUGGGAGCACCCUGGCCAUGUUCCUUUUCCUCCAGCCACUACCUCUCUUCCCUGCUAUGCUGGGAGCACUGAGGGUGAGUGGCAUAAGAGCCCCUACAUAGGUUCUGCUGUACGGGGGACCAUCUUUACUCUGGGUUGAUCUUCCCUGGAUGAUUUUGCCAUUGUAAGGCUAGAUUACCCUGGUCCUGCUCUCAUUGAUUUCCAUACAAGGAACACAGGAGCCCACAAGGCCAAUUGUUGCAAAGUAACUUUCGUUGGUAAAUAAAAGACAUGCUUUGCUGCUAAGUUAUUACAAAAAAAAAAGUGCUAUAGUUUUUCAAAGACUACCUAAUGAACCUUUAUCUGCCUAUAUUGCACCCAAGGAUAGACAGUUACUAAUAGAUAGAGGUUAUUAAUAACAAGCAAGUGACCUGUUCUAUUUGCCUCAGGAUUAUUAUGCAAAAAUAGAUUGCAGUUCUACAACUAUUCUUCAUCCAGGAACUCCACCAGGAGUCCACAGGCAGCCUCGCCUGCAGUCGUGAUCUUUCCACUGCCUUCAUUGAGCAUUGGCUUAGGACCAUAACGAUUUAUAUCACUACUGGGAGAGGGAGUAAGCCACCAACAACAAAGAACACCGCACCCAAUCAUAGAAAGAACUCAAUAUACAUAAAAAAAUUGCUGAUCCUCGUAUAAAAGUGCCAUGAUCCUAUCAUGAUCGACUCAAGCUGCUUCAUAGGAAAUGGUAGCAACAGUUCUCGGCCAGGGAAGCCCAUUACAGGUAGAAAUAAAAAUUGCUAAGGAUUUUAUGUUGGAUACAUAAAAACACUGAGCCAAUUAUAUAUUUUACCUAGCAGGGUUUGCAUGAAAAAAAUUUAUAAGCAUGUUAGAAAAUGGGUCUUUAUAUUUUAUAUUGCAUUUAGUAAUUUCCUUUUGUUCUUUUGCAUAUCCUAUCACUACUGCUUUAAAUGUGUGAUUCAAGAACACACUGAAGUCCAGUCUGUGGGAAACUGACCUGUUGCUAAGGUCACUUGUCAGCAGGGGGUCCCACCAGAAAUAGUGAGAAAACCAGCUUAAACUGCUAGUACAGAGGGGGGGAAAAUUGUUUCCAGCACAAUGGGAGACUGUGAUUGAGUUUUGGGUUUCCUGUCUGUCUCUGGAACUUAAACUUUAUAAUAGUGGCUACUUUGUAUGCCAAUGCUUCCUUUUACUGUUAUUUAAAUGUGGAAUGGGAAUAACUACUAACCAUGAGAAGUGUGAUUCUUUCAUCUACCCUUCCUUUGUUCCAUCUUGUAAACUUUCCUCUUGACUGGUUUAGUAGUUAGAGUGGGGAAUGUGUGCAUCAGGAAUCCUGGGUUCUAUUCCUGGCUCUGCCUGUGUGAUCCUUAGUAAGUCAGAGUUGUGUCAGUUUCCCUGUCUGUGCAAUGGGAUAAUAUGUUCCUACCUCACAGAAGUGUUAUGAGGUGACUGCGUGAAUUUGUUACUGGGAAGUGGUUUGAGAGCUGUGGGUAAAAGGUGCUGUAGAAAUACUAGUAUUAGCAUUGCAGAUGAGUUUACUUGUAACCAGUACUGCAGAUAAGCAUUACUGUCCAUAAUGUCACGAGGUCCCAACUCGAGCCUGCUUUCUCUGUUGCUAAACCCUUCCAUAUGCCCAAACACCUAACUUCCAGCUGCUAAGCCUGCCCACAAUUCCCAGCACUUUGACCCAACUCCCCCCAUUUUUUCCAAUGGUUGACACCGCUACUUCACUUGCGGAAGAGAUUUGAUCCUUCCACCCCCAUCUCCGCCUCCCACUCUUCAGUUGCCAAACUCUCCUGCUACAUCCCAAACAAACAUCCUAACCUGAGCCCUACCCCAAUGUUAUCCCCAACAUACAUCCCCUCACCAAGCAACCCAACUCCCAUUAACCUGACUGAUGCCCCAACCUUGCUGGGUCACUGCAUCACCACCAACUAAGAUGAUCCCACCAACCAGCCUUCUAGUUUCCACACAUCCACCAGUUUGAGAUCUGAAAGCUAAAAGUGCUGUAAUGGCUACACCUCCUCUGGGGCAGCCAAAGAGUGUUAACACAGUGGCUCAAAACUAGCUCCUCUCAAUCAUUUUCAGUAGGGAGGUGUUUUACCCACCCUCCCCUGUAGCUGUUGCCCAGAAAUAACGUGGGCGGGUAUGAAGCAAAAUGCCAUUCCUUCUUACUGCAAUAGACAAUCUCUUUGCCAAUGUGUCCUUCUAACCACUUCGGACAAGGUCUCUUUUUAAGGGUUGCUCCUCAGUGCAGCUGCUAAUGGACCAGAUCCUGAGAAGGGUUGAUUACCUGUAUGUCUGGCUGAAGUCCAUGGGAAUUGUGGGUGCUCAGCACCUCUGUAAAUCUAGCCCGGUAAUUUUUUUCAAUCCAGCAUACUCUUGGCCACUGCAGUGACCAAGUGACUACCCUCAGUAGUUCUCCAGGCUUCAUUUGCUGGGAAGAAUUAAAACUCUGCAUAUAAUACUGAAUGUUAUGUGAUGGAAUAAAACAGACCAGCUGAGGUUCUUCUCACCUGAGAGCCCCAUUUCACAUGACUAGAAAUGUAUAUCCUUUGUUGGCAUAAAAUACCACCUCCUCUUUCAGGGAGGAGCAUCACCACCAAGUGACUAAUUUGAUAUUUCUAAAUAUAGAAGGAGAAGUUCUUAAAGUAUAAAAAUAGGUAGGGUCAGAUCCUCAGUUUGUGUAAAUCACCAAAGCACUACUGAUGUCAAUUAGCUAUUUACUACCUACAUCAUAGUUGUCCAGAAAGAUUCUGGAUCAGUCUAAUAGGAAACUACAUUGAUCUACACCAGCUGAGAAUCUGGCCUGUGGAGCCUGUAUAUCCAGCAAAACCAGUAAUUAUGAGACUGGGAUAAAGCCUUUAUGAUUGGCAACUGCACAGCAGCAAUGAGGAUAGCAGGAAUGCUGCAAAGCCCCAUUGGGUAGCUGGUCAGAGAGCUGCCUGUCUGUGUGACAUUUUUACACCUCUGACAUUUAAGUGAAAAUCCAUCUCCAAGCAUGUUUGUGAUUAAAGUAUUUUUCUGCUUUCUCUGCCAAGAGGUCUUAUUUGUUGAGAUCUGUGUGUGCUGUUGACAUCUUUCCUUAUUCAUUUCCUGUUGGUUCUGUGUAUGAAAAAUAAAUAGGCAGCAAAGGGCCUCCAUGUUUAAUUUUUAUUUUGUCAUGUUUCAGUGUACAGUAGUUUUGAAUCAAUAAAACCUAUGUCAAACUGGA